AUGAAAUAUUUUUUAGCAGCUCUAAUAACUUUGGUAUUAAUAACAGAACAUUUAUACUUUAAUAGUGAAAAUUAAUCUGAUUUUGAAAAUUGGGCUACAAAACAUAAUAAAUUUUUUUCUAAUAGUGAAAAAAUGUACAGAAUGGAAAUCUAUUACUCUAUAAAGAAAAUGAUUGAGGAAUAUAACUUAAAAAAUGAUACAACUUAUUAAAUGGGGGAAAAUCAAUUUAUGACUCUUACUCAUCAAGAACUUAUUGCUCUAAUUUAAUAGAAAAAACUUUAAUAUCCUGAAGUUAAAGAAAAUGUGAAUAUUCCAAUAAUCUAAUAAGCUGUAGAUUGGAGAAACUAUGUGAGAGUAAAGGAUUAAGGAACGGCAUUUAAUGGAUGGGCAUUUUCUGUUACUAAUUCAAUGGAAGCCUAUUGUGCUAUAAAAAAAUCAUAGUGGGUAGAGGUAUCAGACCAAAUAAGUAGUAGAUUGCUGCACCAAUACACACCCAUAAGAAGGUUAAUAUACAAAAUAAAAUGGGUUAGUGAGCAGCAAAGAAUACCCUUAUAGUGCUGCCAUAGGGAUUUGCAAAAAAGUUUCUGGUUAUUUCUUCAUUUACAACUAUGAAAGAUAUUAUUUGCCUCAUUUAGAUUAAAACAAAUUAUAAUUACUUCUAAAUAGUCAUCCAGUAACAGCUGGGGUUGAUGCAAGAAAUUGUUAGUUUUAUAAAUCUGGAAUAUUCUCAGAAUGUACUACAGAUGCAUAACACAAUAUGUUUUGGUAGUAGGUUAUGACUCAAACAAUAAUUGGAUUAUUUAAAAUUCAUGGGUGUGU